AACGUCGUCCUAACCUCUUCACUGUUGACAUUUGGCGUGCACCGAGGCGGCGUUUCACAUUACAACUAUACCCCUUUCACUGCUGACACCACUCCUACUCAUAGUACACAGCAAGUUGCCGAAAGAAGCCAUUGGAGGAGCAUUCACAUUUUCAUUUCAUUUUAUUUUUUUCUCCUCUCCUUUCUCUCUCGAUAAGGGUGGAACUUUCACUUGUUGCUGAUUCAGGAUAAAUGGCAUCCGAACCAGUCAAUGUGAAUGAGUUCCAAGAAUUGGCCCGGCAGGCCCUUCCAAAGAUGUACUAUGAUUUCUACAGUGCGGGUGCAGAGGACCAAUACACCUUGAAGGAAAAUGUGGAAGCAUUUAAGAGAAUCACGUUUCAUCCAAGAAUUCUCAUAGAUAUCAGCAGAAUAGAUAUGUCAACUACUGUAUUGGGUUACAAAAUAUCCGCACCAAUUAUGAUUGCCCCAACAGCUAUGCAUAAAUUAGCACAUCAUGAAGGAGAGGUCGCAACAGCCAGAGCAGCAGCUGCAUGUAACACCAUAAUGGUGUUAUCCUUCACAUCCACCUGCACUGUGGAGGAGGUUGCUUCCAGCUGCAACGCUGUUCGCUUCUUUCAACUAUAUGUAUAUAAGAGGCGGGAUAUAUCAGCCCAGAUGGUGCAGAGAGCUGAAAGAAAUGGAUAUAAGGCUAUUGUUCUAACUGCUGACACUCCUAGACUUGGUCGAAGGGAGGCUGAUAUAAAGAACAGAAUGAUUGUACCUCAGCUGAAGAAUCUUGAAGGUCUCUUAUCCAGUGAAGUUGUAUCUGAUAAAGGUUCAGAUGUUGAAGCUUUCGCAUCUGCACACUUCGAUGCUACUUUGUGUUGGGAGGACAUAGGUUGGUUAAGAUCAAUUACGAAGUUGCCAAUUCUGCUCAAGGGGGUGCUUACUCAAGAAGAUGCUAUAAAGGCUGUGGAAGUAGGAUUUGAUGGGAUUAUUGUCUCCAAUCAUGGAGCUCGCCAACUAGAUUAUGUUCCAGCCACUAUUUCUGCUUUAGAAGAGGUGAUCCAUGCUGUUGGUGGUAAAGUUCCUGUUCUUUUUGAUGGCGGCGUGCGGAGGGGAACUGAUGUUUUCAAGGCAUUAGCUCUUGGUGCACAAGCUGUUCUUGUUGGAAGGCCUGUCAUAUAUGGGCUGGCAGCAAUGGGGGAAUACGGGGUGAGACGGGUCAUUGAAAUGCUGAAGGAUGAGCUGGAGAUCACUAUGGCCCUUUCUGGCUGUCCUAGCGUGAAGGAUAUCACUAGAAGGCAUGUGAGGACUCCUCGCGAGAGACUCCAUUCCAUGCUCUAAUUUUCAUCUGAAGAGGGGGACUUUGGAUUAUAUCCAUUCAUAUUAUUAUGAUCGAUUCUCCUCCGUGUAUUUUAUAUGUGUACGAGCAUGUUAAAUCCAAGGGCUGUAAAAUUUGGCUCGUCUCCUAAAAUUUAAGUUCAGACAGCGUGUGGACUACUCUCCUAAAAUUGCUUUUUCCGUCUCUCCACAAUGAGUUAUUUUUGAAUCCUGCCUUGCUUUUUACUGGUUCAGUUAGAAAUAAAAAAUUAUCAGUGCUUUUAAUA